GGCGAUGCUCUUCCGCUUCCCUGGGAGUGUGGUCCUCACUGAACCCUGACCUGCGUCUUGCCAGCACACACCUCGGCGCCCUCGGGCAGCUUCCAGUCCAGUAGCAGAGGCCUCUGGCUCAUAGGAAACACUUUGCGACCCAGCUGGGGGAGAUACGCCGCGCUUAGCGAGCUGGACUAGAUCGGUGUCCCUGGCCGCCCCCAGGUACGGGGAGUACUCGCUUUGGCUCCAGAGGACCGCUGAAAACACUGCGACCUCGUCUGGGGCCAAACAUAGGACCCCUCAGGGGUUUCACUCUCCGGCUGCUUAGAGCGGUGGGGGAGCCGUGGCCUUUCGCAGCGGGCGUCCGGUGACCGCUGGCUGAGCCCGGCCAGACUUCCCAUCCUCCAAACUUUCGGGCCGUUGGAGGAAAUUCGGUGCAAAACAGCAUAAUCAAGAAGGUUUGCCGAUAUUCUCCCCGCGCACCCCCUGCCCGUGACCACCCUGUGCUUGGCCCGGGGCUCCCCGAAGUGCCCGGGAAGGGGGACGCGCCCGGAGGCUGGGGAGGGGAAUUAGCUCUGGCGGCGCCCUCCUCGGUUCCGGGACGCGAGCGGGCAGGGCCGGGGCCUGCAGCCUGCCCGCAGGAGCUGCGAGGGCUAGCAGCGGCCCGGAGGCCAGGCCGGGGCGGAGGAUCACGGAGGGGCCCAGGGCCCCAGGCGCGGGAGGCGGCGGUGAGGCAGAAGCCAGCGCGGGCGAAGCUGCAAAUUGGGAGAGCUGCGGAGGUGCGCAUGCGCGGGAGAUGCCGGAGUUUCACUUUGUAACUUUUAAGUGAUUGAGACACCGCCCCGCCCGGCCGAGUGGAGCCUGAAAAUUUCUCCGGGCCUCGCUGGACCGCCGCACCGCCACCGCCGCAGGGAAGUCUGCAAAGGCCAGUGUCCCAUGACCCGGAUCCGCAAGGCCCUGAAGGCAAUGAGUGGCGGGCCCAAGGCAGCUUGGGAGGUAGCCGGGGCUGCGGUGGCUUUUGCUGAAGCCAGCGUCCACUGAGGCUCUCUCCCGGGGACUCAUCCACAGCCCUUCCUUCCCUGGGGCGUCUGAUGCUGCAGGGCAAACAGGGUCAGGCAUCUGCUUUUCCCGGAUCCCUGUGCCCCACGGGCCCACAGAGGAGACACCCGCCUUGGCUGCGCCAGCGGAGGCAGUGGACACCGCGGGGGAGCUGGAGCCCUGACCCUCCGCCCGGUCCCGUUCUCCAGGGAGGACACGCACCAUGACCGACUCCCCGUUCCUGGAGAUGUGGCCGUCCAGGGCGGUGGCCAUCCGCGAGCGCCUGGGCAUCGGCGACCAACCCAAUGACUCCUACUGCUACAACUCGGCCAAAAACAGCACCGUGCUCCAGGGGGUCACCUUCGGUGGCAUCCCCACUGUCCUGUUCAUAGACGUCACCUGCUUCCUGUUUUUAACAUUGGUAUUUUCCAUCAUAAGAAGAAGAUUCUGGGAUUAUGGCCGCAUUGCCCUGGUGUCAGAAGCAGACAGUGAGUCCAGAUUCCAGAGGCUGUCAUCGUCCUCCUCAGGACAGCAGGACUUUGAAAGCGAGCUGGGAUGCUGCCCCUGGCUGACUGCAAUCUUCCGCCUGCAGGACGACCAGAUCCUGGAGUGGUGUGGGGAGGACGCCAUCCACUACUUGUCCUUCCAGAGACACAUCAUCUUCCUGCUGGUGGUGGUCAGCGCCUUGUCGCUCUGUGUCAUCCUGCCCGUCAACCUCUCGGGGAACUUGCUGGACAAAGACCCUUUCAGCUUUGGGAGGACCACAAUUGCAAACCUACAGACUGACAACAACCUCCUUUGGCUGCACACCGUCUUCGCUAUCAUUUACCUCAUUCUCACCGUGGGCUUCAUGCGGCACCACACCCAGUCCAUCAAGUACAAAGAGGAGAGCCUGGUGAGACGAACCCUGUUCAUCACAGGACUCCCCAAAAACGCCAAGAAGGAGACCGUGGAGAGCCACUUCCGGGACGCAUAUCCCACGUGCGAAGUGGUGGAGGUCCAGCUGUGCUACAACGUGGCCAAGCUGAUUUACCUGUGCAAGGAGAGAAAGAAGACAGAGAAGAGCCUGACCUAUUACACGAACCUACAGGUGAAGACAGGCCAGCGGACCCUCAUCAACCCCAAACCCUGCGGCCAGUUCUGCUGCUGCGAAGUGCGGGGCUGUGAGUGGGAGGAUGCCAUUGCAUACUACACGCGCCUGAAGGCCAGGCUGAUGGAGAGGAUCACGGAGGAGGAGUGCAGGGUCCAGGACCAGCCCCUGGGACUGGCCUUCGUCACCUUCCAGGAGAAGUCCAUGGCCACCUACAUCCUGAAAGACUUCAACGCCUGCAAGUGUCAGGGCCUUCAGUGCAAAGGUGAGCCACAGCCGUCCUCCUACGGCAGGGAUCUGUGCAUCUCCAAGUGGACGGUCACCUUCGCCUCGUACCCGGAGGACAUCUGCUGGAAGAACCUCUCUAUCCAGGGCUUCCGCUGGUGGUUCCAGUGGCUGGGCAUCAACUUCACUCUCUCUGUGGGGCUGUUUUUCCUGACCACACCCUCCAUCAUCCUGUCCACCAUGGACAAGUUCAAUGUCACCAAACCCAUCCAUGCGCUAAACGACCCCGUCAUCAGCCAGUUCUUCCCGACCCUCCUCCUGUGGUCCUUCUCGGCCCUGCUCCCCACUGUCGUUUACUACUCCACGCUGCUGGAGUCUCACUGGACCAAGUCAGGGGAGAACCGGAUCAUGAUGACCAAGGUCUACAUAUUCCUGAUCUUCAUGGUGCUGAUCCUGCCCUCCCUCGGCCUCACCAGUCUGGAUUUUUUCUUCCGGUGGCUCUUUGAUAAAACCUCCUCAGAGGCCUCUAUCAGGUUGGAGUGCGUCUUCCUGCCCGACCAGGGCGCCUUCUUCGUCAACUACGUCAUUGCCUCGGCCUUCAUCGGCAACGGCAUGGAGCUGCUGCGGCUGCCCGGCCUCAUCCUCUACACCUUCCGCAUGGGCAUGGCCAAGACCGUGGCCGACCGCAGGAACAUCAAGCAGAACCAGGCCUUCGAGUUCGAGUUUGGAGCCAUGUACGCCUGGAUGCUGUGUGUCUUCACCGUGAUCAUGGCCUAUAGCAUCACCUGCCCCAUCAUCGCGCCGUUCGGCCUCAUCUACAUCCUGCUCAAGCACAUGGUGGAUCGGCACAACCUCUACUUCGUCUACCUCCCGGCCAAGCUGGAGAAGAGGAUCCACUUCGCGGCCGUGAACCAGGCGUUGGCCGCUCCCAUCCUGUGCCUCUUCUGGCUCUACUUCUUCUCCUUCCUGCGCCUGGGUCUGAAGGCUCCCCUCACCCUGUUCACCUUCCUGGUGGUGCUGCUCACCAUCCUGGUCUGCCUGGCCUACACCUGCUUUGGAUGCUUCAAGCACCUCAGCUCCCUGAACUACAAGAUGGAACAAUCGGUGGCGAGUGACAGAGGAAGUGAGGUCGGGGCCCACCUGCCUCCCCCUUUCACACCCUACGUGCCCCGGAUCCUGAACAGCUCAUCCUCAGAGAAAACAGCCCUGUCCCCACAGCAGCAGCAGACCUACGGUGCCAUCCACAAUAUCAGUGGGACUGUUCCCAGCCAGUGCGUGGUGCAGAGCCCUGCGGACAGUGUGGCAGCCACCUACCAAGAAGCCUGAGGGCCUGGGAGCUGCCGAGCUGGGCCAGGCUUGAGGACUUGGCGAGUCGGGCACAGACACAGGUGGAGAAGCAGCUUGACUCUCACCCCAGCCAAGUUCAGGACUGCUUUCUACAUGCUUUAAGAGCAUCUGCUCUGAAAAGAUGGAAGCAGAAAGGAGCUCUGGCCCUGGGCUUGGUGGGAAGGGUGGGACUGCCAGCCUCUAGUGGUCUUUUCUAGACCCAGUGGAGGAAGGGGAGUCACUGCAGCUCUGGACUCUGCCUGUUCCCCCGAGGCUCUGCUGAUGUCCAGCUCCAUCUUCUGCUGCGGGUCCGGCUUUGGAGCUGGGAUGAUAUCCCCAAUGAUUUUUAGCAAGAUCAUGUGUUGGAACUGUGUCCUCCAA